AUUGCAUUCUGCUGUAAGCAUUUUCAACCGAGCGAACUCUGAAAUCAAACAUAGUUUUCUGUAAUAUUUUAUCGAAGUAAAAUGGAAAAUAUACGUAAAGCAAACACUGCGAUUGCAAUUAUUAUUCUAAUGGUUUUGUCGGUGGGACAGUCGUAUGUAAGUACCACGGGUUAUUUUUAUUUCGCGGCCAUUUCGUCUUUCAUCCCGUGUGGGUAAAUCAAACUUAUGCUUGAAAUUAUCGUAAUAUCACGUCCCACAACUCACAAUCCAUCACCGUGUUUUCAUUCAAUCCGUAUACCCUUUAGUAACAUAUCUUCUAUUAUAACCUCAAACCGCUUUUACUUCGGCCUAUCGAUUCCCCGACUUCCAUCUGUACUCUACUCAAAUCAUCCUUUCUCUUUCUCUCAUCUACUCCAUGAUACUUAUCGUCUAAAUCUAUUAUCUUGAAUUUUUUUUUCUCCUGUUCUAUUAUAAAUAUAUAUUCACUCAUAAUCCUAUAUUUCAGGCAUGCGGUUUACACCGUACAUCAACCUUACAAUUCACAUUCCUGUUGGUUUAUUUUUUUAUUUCAUCGCUCCAUCCAAUUCUCACACAUCGUCGAUGGCCCGAGUUAUAUAACAUUUCGCUUUAAUCAUUGCUAGCAUAUUCAUAUCGCACUAAAUUGCUGUUGUUUUCCUCCACUUCAUUCUGCUACACCUAAUUUUACAAACACUUACACCACUGAACCUAAAUGUAUACUUUAACUAAUCGACUCAAUUUUCAUUUCAAUCUCUGAACCAUACUCCGUGACAACAACUUAUCUACUUUUAUACCUCUGUACGUCACUUCUAAAUCUAAACUCGAUUAAUUGUCUCUUAAUCCUACUAAUUCUUGUCGUUAAAUAUUAUUCGUUUAAUUUACAUUAUAUUUUAUUUAAGCCACGGUCACAUCCCGGCGAAAUUGAAGACAUGAAAGUAGCGUUAUAUUCUGCGUGUUCUAAAAAAUUCCCAAUAACGGAAGGUAAGUAAUCUUUUUGUUUUAUAAAUCAAAUUAAAGACAAGAUAGAUGUUCAUGUAUUUACUUCACAUGCAUUUAUUCUUUUUCAGAAAUGAAGGCUAAUGCGAAAAACGGUAUAUUUUCAGAAGAUCGUGGGUUUAAAGUAAGAGAUACAUAACAUAGUGUUAGGUACAUAACUUAUACGGCUAUAAUAUAUUAAUAAUUUCCGGAAAAUUGUAAAGAAUUACUAAUAUUAUUCGUAAAUCUUAUUCAUUAUCCGUUUGAAUAAUUUAUUCAAACGGUUGGAUAUUUUAAUGUUUGAAUUUACUAUAAUUUAUACUUAAUCAUAUCGUAUGAAACAAAUAUCAAUUUUAUAAUAUUAAAUAAAACGUUAAAUUUCAAAUGCACGGUAAUCAAUUGAGCAAUUAUUUAAUUUGAAUGAUUACAAUAGUUAAAUAAUAAUACGUACUUAUCAAAACAAAUUUCUUAUCGUUUCUUGUCUAAACAUAUGACAUUUUGAAGACACUUUUUUGAACUAAAGAACUAGAUACAUGUUAACUAUGUUAUUUACAGUUCCAAUUUUAAAAAUUUCAAAUUAAGUCAAAUUUUAGAUUCUAAGCACAGCUAUGAUGUAUUGAUUCUACUAAGAUGUGUAAUUAUUUUUUGUUAUAAUUGCCUUUAAACAAUUUUUUCCGUCUGAAAUUUUGUUCCAAUAUUAACUUGUAGUAUCUUUACUAAAAAUUAAUUUUGUCAAUUUGGUGCAUUAAAGAAAUUUCUUAUUUAUCCUUUUAGUUUUCUUAAUAAUUGGAAAAAACUUAGGGAAAACCGGAAAGUUUACGUCAAUAAUGGUUUCGUUAUUUUCGAUUUUAUUUUUUCGUGGUAAUUUAGUAGAAAAAGAAUCAUAGAGAUUAUGAUAUUUUGAGCAAAUUUUAGGCAUUUGAAUUAUUCGAGUUUUUUUAGUUUUAGUUUUGUUUUUUAUAUGGUGAGCUUCAGCAGGAACCGAUAUUGGCGGAAAAUCGGUUAUUGGUUUUAUUUUUAAAUAGAUAUCAGACCCGAUUUUUUUGAAUUAUAUUGAAUCGGUUAUCGGUUUUUAAAUCAGUUUGGUUUUAAUAUGGAUUAUUGGAAAUAAUUUUUUUCGGCACACUAUUAGUUUUUUGUGGAUAAAAUUAUUUCCGUCUAACAGAGAUACUUAAAAAUUUUCCACGAAGUAAAUCAUACAUCGUAUUUGAUAAGAAAAAAAAAUUAAGCACAAUAAAAUAUUUUUUUUACAUGUGUUUUAAAUUUAAGAGGUCAAUGUUUGACUAAAAUCAUACAAAUUAAGGUUUUUCGGUUAUUAUAUAAUUAAACGAAAUUCGCUUAGAACAGUUUUUUGUUAGAAAUUAUUUAUCGUUGCGAACAAAUAUAAAUUCAAAAAAACUACAAGUAUUCUAUAUUCUCUCUUACAAUAAUGGCACAUCCAUGUCUCGUCAGCAUUAUCAAUUUUUUUUUUAUGUUGGGUUGUAAAAAUUUAAUUCAGAGCAAGUUAAAAAUUAUAAAAUAAUAAUAUUUUCACUGAAUUAAGUUUAUCUUUAAGUAUUAAAACUCUGUAUUGUUCUUUGGUACGCUCUAUUUUAGAGUAUGGAUCAAUUAUAUGGGACCCCCAUACCGUUGACGGGAUCAAUCAGCUGGAAAGGGUACAACGCAAAAUUUUUAAACUUUACUAAAUUUGUCUUUCAUAUUGAAUGACUUCAUGAUUAUGCAUCUGUUUCUGAAUUACUAGGUCUAAGUCUUGUUUCUAAACGUAGGGUUCACAUUGUUUGCGCUUUUUACGGAACUUAAUAAACGGUUAUGUUGAUUCCCCUCUAUUACUCUCUGGAAUUAACUUUUGUGUUCCAUCACAUGCAACACGAUCUACGAUUAAUUUCUGUGUUCUUAAUUACAGCACCAACUAUGCCAGAUCUAGUCCUCUAAACAAACUAAUUACUCUUGGUAAUGAGAACCUCUUAUAUCUUUAAUUAUUUUAAUUUUUAUAUUUGUAUAUUCCACUAAUUUAUGUAAUUCUUUACAUGAUCAAUUUUAUUUAUUUUGCAUCUUUAUUUUUAAUUCUCUGCCAUACGUGGUGAGUUUAUCUCGUUAUAAAUAAUAAAUAAAUGAAUACAUUUUAAAUAGUAAAUUACACUAUACGUGAACAUUUAUUAUUUGCAUUAAAUAACAUAACAUUAUAAUAAUUUAAUAUAUUUAUAUUGUGCAUUUGAAAUAUUUUUUACAGUGCUUCGUCAUGUGCGUGUUUGAAGAGGUUUCAUUAGUAAGAAUAAAACGAACUUAAAAUAAUCAUUACAAACAUAAAAUUAACUCUCAUAAAUAUAAUUUUUAUUAAACAGAUAGAUGAUGAGGGUAACAUUGAUGAAUCGAGUUUGAUAGCGAUGGCCGAUGGUGAUAUGAAGCCGCUAAUAGAAGAUGCUGCAAAAACUUGUUUACCAAAUAUAGGUUAGUAAUAUUUUAACGCGGUUUUUUUUUUACCAUUUAACGAACAAUUAUAGUUUUAUUGACAACACAUCGCAAGUUUAAACAUUGAUCCGUAAUUGGUAUUUUAUUUUUAUUUUUUUACAGACAAAACAUGUAUUAGGUUCUGAAUGGAGCGGGGAAUGUAUUUGUUUUACUUCUACAAUGAUGAUUUAUGAUUUGUUUUUUUUGUGAAUAGCUUUUCUACCAGCAAUAAUACUCCGAUUUAUAAUUGCAGCACUUUUUCUGAAAUGAAAUCUGUCUUAGGUAGUACUUCAGGGAGGUAUUAUUUUUAGUUUUCCGGCUAUUUUCAUAACAAAUAAGAAAAACCAGGAAAAAACAUGGGAAAAUCAGGGAAAAAUAGAUACAACAUUAAAGAAAAUGAUUAAUGUAUAUAAAAUUAUUUUACAAUAACAUGACAUAAUAUAAUGUAUUACUGAUAAAGCAACUCUAUCAACUGAACUCCACUCAGAAUCGUUUUUUCGUUCACAAUAGUUAAUCGCUCUGUACACAUAUAUUCAUUGAAUUUCCGUCAUUAUCCUAAAUUUCCAACCUUCUACCUAUAUCAAUAGCUGCAUCCGUCCCCAUUAUCCUAGGACAGAAUUUUUUUAUAAUAAAAUGGUAAUUGAAAUUGGAAGCCGUUCUGUAGGUAUCUUUUUGCCGGUUUUCUUCCUUAUUUUGUGCUAUGUCUAGUGACAUUGACGAUUUUUACCGAAUUCGGUGUUUUACCGCGUCUUUGUAAUUUUUGUGAAAUGUUUCAACUAUUAGUGCUACUUCUGUUUUAUGACUAAAUAGUUAAAUCUUUGUGAGGUUUUUAAUCCGAUUAUGGACUAUUAUUGGGCCCCGACAUAAGUUCUUUAGGCCCAAAUACGAGUUCUCACAGUGGAGUCCAAUAUUUUGAAAAAAUAAGAUGUAUUAUUUAAUAUCUUAGUAAAUAAAUAAAUGAAAACUUCAUAUUUAACUUUAAGUGAACUACGGAUACAUUAUUUUCCUUUUCGAUAAAACAUAAUGUUUACUUAUUACCUCUUCAAAUUAAAAAAAAACUAUUUUUUAUUUAAUGUACAAUACCAAUAUUAAUUUCAAUGUGUUUUCAAUUAUAUAAUAUUUUACACACUGUUUUGUUUUAUAGCUGGCAAGCCAGAUUCUUGUGAAGUUGCUUUCAAUUUCGUAGUCUGUAGUAUGAAUAUCAAUAAAAAACUUGUAAGUCACAAAUAACUAUAUUAUUAUGAUACAAUAACCUAGGUAGUUAUUUAAAAUAUAUUUUCAAAAUACACUUAACAAUUUCUUAUUCGAAUUAAAAAAUAUAUUACAACAAAAAGAACACCAAACAGCGAAUUUUGGAAAACGAUACAUAGUGUAUUGAAAUCUCAGUCUUAAUAAUAAAUGUGUUAUGGGCAACAGUUUAACACUUAAGUCCAAGUAACUUAUAAGUUAUAACCAAAUUGAAGUAAAAAAUAAAUGGACACGAUUUUUUUAAGUAUAUUUUAUUAAAUAGGAAAAAUAUUUAAACACUUCGUUAAUUUCGUGAAAUAAUCAUGCGCGAAGGUGCUCAUGGCAAAUAGCGCCAGAUUUGUCUGUAAAGGAGUCGCCUGAGGUCAGUAUUUAUACCCUGGACUCACCGGACUAGUUUUGCGUACUUUUCGAUAAAAAUAUGUUGCAUAACUGGGUGAUAAUAUUCUUCGACAGCGUAUGUGUAUUUAGAUUCUUGAACUCUUAUAAUCGUAAUGCACAGAAACCUAAGAUUAGAAUACGCACAUAGAUGUCAUAAUUACAUUUAAUUAACUAUCUAAUAAUUAUAAUAUUUUGAAUUUUAUUUAUUGCGUUUCCUUUGUGUAUAUAAUGCGAAGGAAAUUCUAUAAGAUAUAUCUGAGAAUAAGCCUAGGUUAAAAUGGAUUUGAAAAAGCCAGUCCUCAGUAUUCACCUAGAUUUGCAUUACCUCCAACAUUGCUGUAGUAUUAUAUUAUAUUAUUAUAUUUAUUAAAAGGAAAUAUAUUGACUACUACGUGUAUUAUUAUUUUUCUUAUAAUGAUACACGAAACUAUGUUUUUUUUUUUUAUAGAUUGAACUUCUGCCAGUUUAAUCAAAUUUGUACAUUCAAAAUAAUAUUUAGAAACAACCAAAACACAAUGAAAAACAUUAUGUAUCCAACAUCAACAAUAAAAUAGUUGUAGAGCAUUAUACAAUAUAAUUUGUUUUUUUU